AUGCAAGUUCAUAGUAUAGUUAUGGAAAAUUCCAGUGAAAACCACUUACCUCAGACGAUGAAUUUUUCUGGUAUCGAUAAUGAGAAAAUUAAGGGUAAAGACGAUUCUGUAUUGAGUGUAGAUAAUUCUCAAGAUAAUGCUGAUGAGACUCAUGAUCCUUCAUUACGAAGAUCAACAAGAGUCUCUGCCUUAAAAGCACAGGAAAAGAUAAAGUUAAAAGAUUCUGUAGUAUCAGAGGUCAAUAUGGUUGAACCUGUUAUUCCAACAGAAGAUUGUCAACCUGUAAAGAAGAAACCUAAAAUUGUUCAUCCAGAGAUGCUUGAUCAAUACCAUUGUUCAUUUGGUGUAAAACUUGUUGAUGACGAGGUUUGUUUAAUGUCUGAUGGUAGCGAAAUAUCUUCUUUAAAUGGUGAUGAAGUUGAUGAAAUGAAACAAGUCAUGGAAGAUAAACAGGCACAUCAAUCAACGGAAAGUGAAAAAAGGGAACAAAUGAUUGAGAUAAAACAUUUAAAAGCCGCUUUAAGACAGGAGGAAGCAAAACUUUUAGUGAUGAAUAAAAUAAGAACAUUACAACAAUCAAAUAUUAAACAGGAUCAUAAGAAAAACACCACACAAUAUGUCAGUAAUGGUUUUAAAUCAUCCACAUCAACCCCUCAUUCAAGUAGAAAUUCUAGUAAUAGAUUUACUAAUCAAAAUGGUACUAAUUUGGAUCAAUUAAAAAAUUCAGACUCAGCGGGAUUACAACAAUUAUCUCAAUUUUUUCAAAGAAUUUUUUCUUCAAAUAUACUUGCUCCAGGUAUUCAAAAUCAGGCUAAAGAAUUUUUAGCCCUUUUAGCAGAAAGUCAAAAGAAUAAUCCACAAGCAGCUGCUGCUCUACAACAAGCUGCAUUACAAAUGUUCAAUAAAAUUAAAGCAACUAUGCCUAUUUCUAGUAAUAAUGUUAAUACUAAUUCUAAAACGGCACCACAACAGCAACCUGUAAAUAAUAUUCAACAACCUCCUACAAAUGUACCUAAAACUACUUCACAACCUCAGUCAUCUGUUCUUCAACAACAACAACAACAACAAAAUAAUGAGGAAAGACGUAAACAGAUAAGAUGCCAAUUAAGAAAACAUGUAGAAGAUAAUUUAAGAACAGUUAUUAAAUGGCCUGAAAUAUUAAGAAAUAACUUUAAUUUUGUUCCAAAUGCUAUGACACAAGAUUUUACUGGUUUACAUGGAUUGAAUAAUGUUGUACAAAAAAAUCUUAAAGAUAAAUCAGUAUCAAUAAAAAUUGAUGUUGAUCUAUACGAGUGUUCAAUUUGUGGAACUGAUUGGACUCCAACAUGGAGAGCAAUUGGUGAUUCAGAAAAUGAAGAAGAUCUCAAAAUUGCUUGUGAUAAAUGUGCUAAAGAAGUUAAAUUAAAAGCAAUAACUGAAAAAUAUACAGAGUAUCUUUUUAAAUUUUUAGAUCAAAUUGCUAAACAGGAAAGUGAAUUAGAAGCUCAAAUAGAAGCUGGUAAAUUUGAUAUACAAGUUCAACAACAACCUGUUCAACAGCAAUCACAAUCUUCAGCACCAUCUAAACAGGCACCAACAACUGCUACAAAUAUUUCUACAAAACAACCUAAAUCAAAUACAAUAGUUAAUGGAGUAACAUCAAAUGUAUCUCAUCAAAAACAAUCUGUGCCUUCAACAUCCAACAUUCCAAAACAGCAAUCUCAAAAGGCUGGUUCAAAAAGAUCUGCACCCAUUCCAGCAACAGCAAGUAGUUCGUCAUCAUCAUCAACACCAACAACAAAUCUUUUCACCAAUCCUACUACAGCUCAAUAUGCUCAACUAUUAAGUGCAGCAUUGGCUAAUAAAAAUCAGGUAAAUAAUCCUCAACAAAGUUUAGCUAUUCUUGCUUUAAAUCAACAACUUGCAAAUAAUCCGGCAGCAAGAGGAGGUAUAUUACAAAACUUGAGUGCAAAUCCGGUAGCAGUGACUGCUUUUGUUCAAGCUAUGACUAAUCCAAAUAAUCAACAAGCAAUGUUUUUGAAAGCUAUCUUAGAUGCUCAGGCUCAAAAUCAAAAACAACAAGCUGAACUUGUUAAAAAGAUGGCUGAACAAGCAUUACAACAACAACAACAAAAUUUACGGAAUCAACAAGCUGCAAAGGCAAGUCAAGCGGCAGCAGCAGCAGCAAAAAUGGCUGCAUCUUUGAAUACUAAUAAUGAUGGUAGUCAAAAUGCUGCUGCAGCAAUACAAAAUAAUGAAAUGUUGAAGAGAAUUUUAGCAAUGGCCCAAGUGGAUCCUGGUUUGGCAUCAUUAAUCAAAAGCAAUCCAUCUAUGAUUCACCAAUAUUUGGCGCAGCAAAGUUUACAAAAUGCUGGCGAAAAAUGA